CUACAUACAGUGCAUGCAUGUAGUGGUGGACCGGGCGGCCAGGCUUGCGGAACUGAUUGAGGACUGCUUUCGAAAUGGAGGACGACAAAGCGAAAGGAAAGUUGAACUCAGAGCAAGAAAUAAUAUCGUUACAAGAUAUCUUGGAAUCAUUCAGUGCACCUUUGAACGAAGAGCAAGCUUGGGCUAUUUGUUAUCAAUGUGGAAAGUUUUUAGAUGAAAGUGUAAACGGGAAUGUAACAGUCCAAAGUGCGAACGGCGUUCUGCUCAGUAAAGAUGGAACCGUUCGACUACCGGUCGCAGAAGAGCAGGAGCAGCUGACCGACAAUAAAGAAAGAGAAGAUCACACAAGAGAGACACAGCUUAUGGUUAUCAAUACUCUUGGGAGGAUCAUCUACCAUGCACUGGAUUAUGGCCUUUCAGAAGAAGAGGAGAGAGAACUUUCACGUCCCUUGGAGGAAUUGAUUGAGUUCAUGACAAGUGCUGACAUUCAUGACAAUGCUGAAAACUCUAAUGAUAAUAACAAUAUUCGCCACGAGGCUGAUAAUUUCAAUGUGGAUGAAGGAAUAGAGGAUGAGGGACUUUGUGAAGAAGAAGAGACAGAAGAUCGAGGAAGGUUGAACGAUGAGAGUGAUCGUGAUGACCACUUGCACAGCGAAAAUGAUUCCUGUAUAAUUACGCAACUUUUAAAGAUGUGUUCUGAUCAUCUGCCACAACCUAAAGCAGCUUCUACCCACUACCAAGCUGUGUGCAGAGCAGUCUAUACUGAGUAUCUAGACCUUGCUACAUUCCUAAACAAGAUCACUGGCAGCAAUGAGAUUUUAAGAAGUUUAUCAGAGGGUAAUGAUAUGAGUGAUGGAAAUGUGGAAGAUUUGCAUCCAAGACAAUGGGCUAAAAUCUGGCUGAAUGUGGUGAGAGACCUAAGAAACGGAGUGAAACUGAAGAAGCUUGCAGAUCAUGAGAAGGGUAGGGCACCUAUUGAGUACGCUCUGACGCCGUAUGAAAUGCUGAUGGAUGAUAUACGAUCACAUCGGUUUACUCUCAACAAAGUCAUGGUGAAUGGUAGUAUCCCACCAAGGGUUAAGAAAGAAGCACAUGACAUCAUCCUUGAUUUCAUCCGAUCAAGACCUCCUCUUAAACCGGUACCUCUGGAUAAAUUAAACCAGACACCUCUGAGAAGAGAAAGCGUUCAUGAGAAGAUUAUGAAAGAGAUACGCUCCCAGCCUCAGCUGAGACCAACUGUACUCAUUGAAAAGUCAAACCGCAGAAGUCUGGGCUUUAUCUUCUCUGAUGAGGAGUUGUCACCGCCUCUGCCUAAGAAAGUCAUAAAGGCCGAGUUCACCUUGGACUGGUCAGAAACGGAGUCAGAGAGCGAUAGUAGCAUCCACGAGCCGAACUCCUACUCGCGACAAAGAAGAUUAAGAAAAGGGAACAACGUUUGCCAGGAAACUCAAUAUAAUGAUGAUGAUGAGAUGGAUGGAGAUGCUGGGGAUGUUCUGGAGCAAGCAAUACAGAGAAUACUUGACGACGGCCAGCAUCUCCCUGAUGAGAGCCUGUUUCUAAAUAUCAGUAUGCCUCCAGAUACCAUGGUGUCCACCCCAGAGAAAACACUAACAAUGAGCAGAUCAUCCCUGUCAAGUUUUGAUGAGAUAAGAUCAGAUGAAAUCCCGCUAGAUACUCCCAGAAGGCAUAGUAUCGGUCCUUGUCAGUCAUUUAAGUCUCCAGGGAGGAUGUCUCAAGAUACGGAUUGUUUAUCAUUGACAGUUGAAGAGGUUAUUCAUAUCAGAAGUGUCUUAGUGAAAGCAGAGAUUGAGAACCUUAGAGUUAAUCCAAAACUACACAAAGAUGUGCUCCAGGAUAAGGUGUGUUUUUCAUGUAAGAAGAAGUUUUCUCUCUUUAAGAAGAAGUUCAAGUGCAGAUUAUGCAAGAAAUUGAUCUGUAGUGUAUGCUGUAUUAAGAUGUACAUUCCCACUGAAGAGUUCUUACACAUUCCUGUCGAUUCUCUCAGCCCUAAUAGUCCUAAGAAAAGUCCAUCCGUGCCCACCAGAAAAAGGAGUAUAAGUGAACCACCUACACCGUUUAUGGAGACCAGCCCUGUGAGGGAACGUAAGCAGAGAGAACUUCAUGUGUGGCGCCAGCCUAGUAGCCCAAUGGAGAAUGUUUGCUGUGAAUGUUGUACAUUCCUCAAAAAUACAAGGACAGGUCCACCACCCCAGAAUGCAAGGGGAUUACCUGUUCCGUUUAGUCUGGCUUCACCGCCACCGCUCUACACCACUUAGACUAUCCGUAGAGCAGUCUAGCUCCACAGUCAUUAGGCAAGACCAGCUUCAGCACAACUACCGCUACCAUCUCAAUAUGGCUCCACCCUCUACCCUGCCUGGCUAAACUAUCUUCUCUGCCUGGAUCCACUGUCACUCUACUGAACAUCUUGAAUCUACUCAAUGUGGCUCCUCUCUAGCUUUACUCUGCCUGGCUACAUCUCAUCACUCUACUCAGCCUGGCUCCACCCUGAAUCUACUCAACCUGGCUCCUCUCACUUCUCUGCCUGGCUACAUCUCAUCACUCUACUCAGCCUGGCUCCACCCUGAAUCUACUCAACCUGGCUCCUCUCACUUCUCUGCCUGGCUACAUCUCAUCACUCUACUCAGCCUGGCUCCAGCCUGAAUCUACUCAGCAUGGCUUCUCUCUCUACUCUGCCUGGCUACAUCUCAUCACUCUACUCAGCCUGGCUCCACCCUGAAUCUACUCAGCAUGGCUCCUCUCUCUACUCUGCCUGGCUACAUCUCAUCACUCUACUCAGCCUGGCUCCACCCUGAAUCUACUCAACCUGGCUCCUCUCACUUCUCUGCCUGGCUACAUCUCAUCACUCUACUCAGCCUGGCUCCACCCUGAAUCUACUCAGCAUGGCUUCUCUCUCUACUCAGCCCGGCUACAUCUCAUCACCCUACUCAGCCUGUCUCCAUCUCAUUGCUUUACUCAUUCUAGUCAGCCUGGUUCGACUCUCAGUCUACUUAACCUGGUUUGACUCUCACUCUAAUUAAACUGGUUUGACUCUCACUCUACUUAACCUGGUUUGACUCUCAGUCUACUUAGCCUGGUUUGACUCUCACUCUACUUAGCCUGGUUUGACUCUCACUCUACUGAGCCUGGUUUGGCUCUCACUCUACUUAACCUGGUUUGACUCUACUUAGCCUGGUUUAACUCUCAAUCUACUUAGCCUUAUUUAACUCUCAAUCUACCUAGCCUGUUUUGGCUCUCACUCUACUUAGCCUGGUUUGGCUCUCACUCUACUUAACCUGGUUUGACCCUCACUCUACUUAGCCUGGUUUGACUCUCUCUCACUCUACUAAGCCUGGUUUGACUCUCUCUCUAUACUUAACCUAGUUUGACUCUCAUUCUUCUCAGCCUGGGUUACCUCACUCUACUCAUCCUGGGUCAACUCCCACUAUCCUCUGCCUUGCUUCACCCUUACUCUGCAUUGUGCAUAAUGCAGAGUCUGAAGUAGGAGACUAGAUUCACUCAUGUACUGUGGCUGCCCUACUAUAGACAGAUAGGGUGAAGUCUAGUCUUCACCCUAGGCAUGGUAUAGUUUG